AAAGUCCAGUCAUCAUUUGUCGUGUUGUGUUUUCAGCAGUAAAGCUGACACAUAUCUUGUUGAACGCCCCCUUUGUCUCCUCCCCUUCACAUUAAUUUUGGAAACGGUGGCAGGUUUUCUUUCACCAUGCACAAACAACCUCCCUUCUCAUCCAUGGAUGGACCUUAAAAAGAGAAAAAGAAGCAGAAUCAAAGCCUUUCUCAGAGGAAGUGACAGUUUGAUGAGAAGAUCAGUUCGUUUCCUUAGUGACGAACCAGCAAAGAAAACUUUAGAACUGAGGUGUGAGAGCAGGUGUGGACAUGGACGAACUUGAUUUGCUGUUGGAGGAGUUGGCCUUGAACGUGACAAGUUCAAACAACGUCCAAGACGGCUCAAAUAAGGACAGAGCUGAUCGAGAUGCUACGGCUUCCGGUGGACAUGCUCUAAAAGAAAGAACAAGCUCUACAAGUGUCUACAGCGAUCUGCCACCUCCUGUGCAGGCUUUCCUUGAUCCUGACUCUCCCACGCAGGAGCUGGAGUCGGUUUUGCAGGAUCUGAUGGGUCUGGCACAAGGGGAUCCAGGACCUUCAACAAUCCCACCGCCAUUAACACAGAAAAAGUCAGUGAAAAAGGAAACAGAGGAUGGUCGUCGGAAGAAAGAGGACACAGGCGGCUCAACAGGUCCCACUGCUAAAGAUACAAUAGAUGAGCUGCUGGGGGGGCUGAGCUCUGAUUUGGAGAAAAUUGGCGUACGCACCAACCCAAAGGGCCACUGUGCAGCCUGCCACAAAUGCAUUGUGGGAAAGAUGAUCACAGCCCUGGGGGAAGUGUGGCACCCCGAGCACUUUGUGUGUGCGGUUUGUACGCAGGAGCUGAGCACGACAGGAUUCUUUGAGCGUGAUGGAAAACCCUACUGCCACAAAGACUACCACGAGAUGUUUUCCCCGCGCUGCGCCUAUUGCAAGGGCCCCAUCAUGCAGAACAUCCUGACAGCUCUUGACGAGACCUGGCACCCAGACCACUUCUUCUGCACACACUGUGGAGAACUGUUUGGGCCAGAUGGUUUCCUGGAGAAAGAUGGGAAACCAUACUGCAGUAAGGACUUCUACCACCUCUUUGCUCCCAAGUGCUCUGGCUGUGGGGAGCCAGUGAGGGAGGACUACCUGACGGCAGCCAACGGCACCUGGCACUCAGAGUGCUUCGUCUGCGCGGACUGUCUGAAGCCCUUCACCAACGGCUGCUUCAUGGAGCUGGACGGCCGACCCCUCUGCUCGCUGCACUUUUACUCCAGGCAGGGCACUCUGUGCGGCGGCUGCGGCGAGCCCGUCAUUGGCCGCUGCAUCUCCGCGCUAGAUCGCAAGUUUCACCCCGAGCAUUUUGUGUGCGCCUUCUGCCUGCGGCAGCUCAGCCAGGGCAUCUUCAGGGAGCAGAAAGGAAAGCCGUACUGCUCCUCCUGCUUUGGGAAGCUCUUUGUGUGAGAUCAUGUAACAGAUUAGCCAACCUUCAGACAGUCAGAGAUGGGAAUGUGUGGAUGUGGCUGAUGAGCUUCAGUGAGUCUGGAAUGCUGUAUUUGUGUUUUGUAUAAAACUGUUUGGAGGUGCCCAAAAUAGGGAUGUAGGUUGAGAUACUUUUGACAAUAAAAACGUAUCAAAGUCUAAA